CUUUCUUGUUGUCUUUCUAGCGUACCUAGCCUAUGUUAGCUGGGUUAGCAAGUAGUCAGUCGUGGUUUAUAGGUAGCUAGGUAAACGAUAUGAUUUGUUUUUGAGACAUUAAUAGUCGCGAGUUUAAAAAAAAAUAAGGAAGAUUGUACGGAGCCCAAUGCAGUCAGCUGCAGAAACGGUGGAGAAUGCCUCCAUACUUUCAAGUGGGUCAUCACAGGAAGGACAUCGUCUGUGGAUUGGCAACAUUGAUCCUAAAAUCACAGAGUAUCACCUGGUGAAGCUCCUGGAGAAGUUUGGAAAAGUGAAGCAGUUUGACUUCCUGUUCCACAAGUCAGGACCUUUGGAGGGCCAGCCCAGAGGAUACUGCUUUGUCAACUUCCACACCAAAGAGGAGGCAGAACGAGCCAUACAGUGUUUGAAUGGAAAGCUGGCAUUGUCAAAGAAGCUGGUGGUGCGUUGGGCCCAUGCACAGGUAAAGAGGUUUGAGCCUUAUAGGGGGGACAAGAACAUGCCUGCCAGCUUGGAACCUUCAUCGAGUGAAGCUGAGGAGCUGCCCACCUCUCUGAGUGUGAGUGCAAAGAUCAGGGCCAUCGAAGCCAAGCUGCAAAUGAUGGAGGAAAAUGCAGAUGAAGAGUAUUCAGGACCUUCUGCAUACCUCUACAACAAACCCCCUGAUAAGAGGGACAAGAGGCCCCAGCCGUAUAACAGGCCCUUCCGCAGAUACAGGAGAUGAUGGUCACUCGCAGUCUAGUCCGCUUUCCUGGUGUACCUGUGCUGAGGACAUCCACAAGAUAUGCUGUGAACUUGUACACCAAGUCCUUAUUUUUAUGGCCAAGAUCAGGACUUUAAUUUCUGAUUGAGAAGGAGAGUGUGAGUUAUGAAAACAUAUGUGCUGACCCAGAAGAGGAGAAUUACACCCAGCACCCCUUCACCCAUCCCAUGUGAAAAACAUUUGUGUAACUGGUGUGAGCAGUAUAAUACAUGUCUCCAGUGACUUUCUUGUUUGUUUGUUUGUUUGUUUUUAAUUGAUGAUGAAAAGUGGAUUUCUUUUUUUUAAAGUUUUGUAUGUUUUGUACCUUCAAUUGAAAAUGCUGAAUCUUGUUCCCUCCUGAAAUUGAUAUUCACACAGAACUGACCUUAUCUAAUCAGUGUGACCCAAUAUUGGUGUGUUCUUUUAAACUGUACCUUGCGUUGUAAUCCUGAAUUGCCUGAAGGUGUGUUGUACUUUAUAUUGUGAGGAUGAAAAUGUAAUGAUUUGUAAUUGUAUUGAAAUUUACCCUUUAGACUAGGUAUAUUUUGUACAGAUGGAGCACAGCAUAUGGCACAAAAGUGCCAUAAUCAAGUAGUUGUUUAGCUGUUGAUUUAUUCAAACUUAAUUUUAGCCUCAACCUUCUUUAAAAGGGCUUUGUGGACGUGAACUUGGGAGGAAGAGGCGUGAGUGGUAAAAGCCAAGACAUUACCAGGCUGUUGACGGCUUUGUCGCUGUUGUGUGUUGGCCUAACAUAUGUAAGUUCGGCAAUAUUUUGAUAGCUUUUGCGCUCUAUAUUGUACUCAAAAGGAUUAAAAACUUCAGAACAAACUCA